UAAAAAAUAGCAUUUUAACCAUAAAAAAUAGAGAUAAAUUAUUUAUGAAAGAAGUUUAUGCAGAUGGUCGUGCAGACUGUCUUUUUUUUAUGAAUAGUUCCUGUAAUAAGGGAAAUUUAUGUAUUUAUAGACAUAGUAUAGCAGCCCGUGAAAGUCGUGUACAAUGUGAGGAAUUUAAACAACGACAAACAUGUACUAAAAUUGGAUGUGGUGAGCGUCAUUUAACAAGUUAUAUUAGUGGGACAUAUUGUUAUUGGGAGACUACACCUACAGGAUGUACAAAGGUGAUUUGUCCGUUUAAACAUUAUGAUCAGCCUGGUUCUGGAAAACAAUAUAUUUUAUCUAAUGUUCAGAAUGAUGUUUUGAAGAACGAGAAAAAUAAUAGUAUUAAUUCAAAUUUAGUAGAAAAGACAGAAUCAAAUACAAUGUCAUUAGAAGUAAAAAAAAAUGAAGAGAAAGAAUUGGGAGUAUCACCGCUUUCAGUGAAUGUGGAACCGGAGAAAAAAAAGGCAUUAUUUAAUGAAGAAGGGGUAGAUAAAAAAAAACGUAAGCCAGAGUCAAUAUUAUUGGCACCGACGACAGCGAAAAAACAAGAGAAAUCGCCUGUAAAGGAAAAUAUAAAAACAACAAUGCAACCAUUACAGAAUUCAUCUAUUCUUACUGCUAUACCUACAGAACCUAAAGCUCUAAAAAAAAAUUUUCAGCAGAAAGCUAGUCUUAAAAAUUCGAAAACUAAUAAUUCUAGAAAGCAAGAGAAGCGUGGAUUAUCAGCAAUUCAUGAGAAAGAUAAUGUAGAAUUUAGGGUUCGAACAUUAGAGGAAAUAAGAGAAGAAAAAGCAGCGAGAUCUAAACUAAUGGAAAAAAAUAAAGAAAUGGCUAAUAAAGAUAAAAUACAAACUAAAGAAAUUUCAAAUAUUGUUUCAAAAAAUCUGAUAGAUCAUUCUAAAUCGGAUAUAGAUAAAAAAGAUGAAAAUACAAAAUGUACAGACCAAGCUAAAAUAGAAAUCCACUCAGAAGUUUUUUCUUUUCAAAAAAACACGAUUAAAUCUGAAAAUCAAUCAACUGAUAUAAAAAAUAAUUUGAAUUCUACUUUAUUUCUAUCGGACGAUGAUCUAGAGUUUUUGAAUGAUAAUGAAAAUAAUGUAAUUGAUAUUAUUAAUGGAAGCAAUGGUUUUGAAGACGAGGAAUUAGCUGCAUUUGAACGUGAAUUAGAAAUGUAAAAAAAUACUAAAUCGGCGUUUAGAUUUAUGUAAAUAAUUGUAUUA